CUCCGAGUAAGCAGAUGGAGAAAUUUUCAGCGUUGGCACAAAUCGAUGGACGGCUCGAACACCUUUUCUCCGCAGAAUUAUCGGCUUUCAAAAGAUCAGCUCAUACCGACAUACCGCCACCGGAUUUCGACGAUUAUCGGAGAGAAUCUGUGAAAAAUCCUAACGUUCCGGCCAAAUGUAGCUCGCAAGAACGCAAAGUUGCCAUGUACGUGACGUCGUUGGCCGCCGGUGUCAUGGGCCUCUACGCCUACAAAUCUUUCGUCGUACAGCUUGCAAUGUUGAUAGCACCGUCACGUGACGUUUUGGCAAUUGCGCAGACAGAAUUCAAGAUAAAAAACAUCCCCGAGGGGAAGGUCGUUGUGGCCAAAUGGCGGGGCAAACCAGUCUUCGUUUAUCACAGAUCGCAAGAGACAAUAGAACAGGAAAGGACCACCAACGUGAUGGAGCUUAGAGAUCCCGAAGCGGACGAGGCGAGAGUUCAGCGACCCGAGUGGCUCGUAGUUAUCGGUAUAUGCACACAUCUCGGCUGUGUACCCAUACCUGGUGCAGGUAUUAUACGCGGAGGAUUUUACUGUCCAUGUCACGGAUCUCACUACGAUGGGGCGGGACGAAUCCGCAAAGGACCUGCCCCAAGAAAUCUCGACAUACCCGAGUACCAUUUCAUCGAUGACGAAACCUUGCUCAUCGGUUGA